UCCGCCUCGGCCGGGGGAUCCGCAGCGCGAGCGGCGCCUCUCGGGUGUCGGCUGCGGCGGCUCCCGGACCUGCCGGGCUCUGGCGAGACGCUGCGGGCGAGCUAGCGGCGGCGGCAGCGGACGCUCCGAAGCCCGCCGCGAGGUUGGCGUUCCGGCGGCCCGCAUGGACGCGGCACUGAAGCGGAGCCUCUCGGAGGAGCCGGCUGAGCCCCUGCCGCCGGCCCGGGACCUGGAGGAGGAGGAGGAGGAGGAGGGGAUGGAGCAAGAGCUGGAGGAGGAAGAAGAGGUGGACCCCCGGAUCCAGGGAGAAUUGGAGAAAUUAAACCAAUCCACGGAUGACAUCAACAGACGGGAGACCGAACUUGAGGAUGCUCGCCAGAAGUUCCGCUCUGUUCUGGUGGAAGCGACGGUGAAACUGGACGAACUGCUGAAGAAGAUCGGCAAAGCCGUGGAAGACUCGAAGCCCUACUGGGAGGCGCGGAGGGUGGCGAGACAGGCUCAGCUGGAAGCGCAGAAAGCCACGCAGGACUUCCAGAGGGCCACGGAGGUGCUCCGCGCCGCCAAGGAAACCAUCUCGUUGGCUGAGCAGCGGCUGCUGGAGGACGACAAGCGGCAGUUCGACUCUGCCUGGCAGGAGAUGCUGAAUCACGCCACCCAGAGGGUCAUGGAGGCGGAGCAGACCAAGACAAGGAGCGAGCUGGUGCACAAGGAGACGGCAGCCAGGUACAACGCGGCCAUGGGCCGCAUGCGGCAGCUGGAGAAGAAACUCAAGAGAGCCAUCAACAAAUCCAAGCCUUAUUUUGAACUCAAGGCAAAGUACUACUUGCAGCUUGAGCAACUAAAGAAGACCGUGGACGACCUGCAGGCCAAACUGGCCCUGGCAAAAGGCGAGUACAAGACGGCCCUGAAGAACCUGGAGAUGAUCUCGGACGAGAUCCACGAGCGACGGCGCUCCAGCACCAUGGGGCCUCGGGGCUGCGGCGUCGGGGCUGAGGGCAGCAGUACGUCUGUGGAGGACCUGUCGGGGAGCAAGCCCGAGCCAGACGCCGUUUCCGUGGCCUCCGAGGCCUUUGAAGAUGACAGCUGCAGCAACUUCGUGUCUGAAGAUGACUCGGAGACCCAGUCUGUGUCCAGCUUUAGUUCAGGACCCCUGAGCCCAUCUGAGACGGCCGACCAAUUCUCUACAGUUGUGAGGCCCGGCAGCCUGGACCUGCCCAGCCCCGUGUCCCUGUCGGAGUUUGGGAUGAUGUUCCCGGUCCUAGGCCCUCGCAGCGAAUGCAGUGGGGCCUCCUCCCCGGAGUGUGAGGUGGAACGAGGAGACAGAGCGGAAGGGGCCGAGAAUAAGACAAGUGACAAAGCCAACAACAAUCGGGGUCUUAGCAGCAGCAGCAGCAGCGAUGGUGGCAAGAGCCAAAGCAGCGUCACCCCCGAGGGCCAGGCCCUGGUGAACAGGAUGAAGCAGCUCUCCCUCCAGUGUGCCAAGGGGAGAGAUGGGAUUAUUGCUGACAUAAAAAGGGUGCACAUCGGCUGAUCAUCCGAGGUCCUGGCCCCAGCGCACACCACUAUUUAUACGAGAAAACUGUGGGGAACCUUGUGCCAAUACUCUAAUACAUGCCAAAUUGUAAGCGUUUACUCUCAACUGUACUAACGACGUUUCAGUGACCUUGAGGGCGGAAGGUUUUUCUUCUGAGUAAGAGCUCUUGGGUUGGUUUGUUUUCUAGAGCACAGUUGUUGUUGCAGGUGGACUAUGACCAGAUCCACAGUCUUGGUGGAAUAUUAACUAACAGUGUUAUGGAAGCAAUAACUAGUUCCUAUGAAAUAACAUGAGCCAGGAAAGGGGCUGGGAAACAGCCCACUGGGGUCAGCAGUUUGCUUCUCCCACCCUCAGUGUGGGGCAAUAGAGAUGUCCUCGCCUUUAUAGCUUAGGGGAUCGGAACGAAAAAAGAACGUAAGACAAAACUCAACCAUUCAAUUCAGAACAUAUUUUUUUGACCCAGUGAAGGCUUAAAAAAUCCAAAAACAUAAUUCAUUUUUAUCAUCUCUGAUGUUCAGAAGGGGCUUUAAAAAAGUGUGUAUGUUGGGACACCCAUUAAAACCAUUUUCUAUAAAGGUUACUAUGAACUGCACUUUUUGGGGUGGGGAAGGUGAAUGCCAAUGCGGGGCUGGGGGCUGGGGGGGGGGGGGGAUAAGGGUAGCAAGGACAUACCAUAGAAUGGGAUUUGUGGCUGUGGGAGAGAAGGUUCUAUAGCAUAAACCUUAUCCUACCAACCAAGGGGACUUAUUCUAAGAGAAGUGCAUGUGAAGAAUGGUUGCCAUUGUUGUUCUAGACUGACAAGGUGUUAAUUUCUCUGUAGAUUGUAACUUUAAAAAUAAAAAAUUAUUUAAGGGUUAUGCUACACUAGUCUUUCUUAGAGGAAACUGUUUCUUAAAGCUAGAGAAGGGAGUAGGCAUGUGUUGACAAAGGCUGUUAAAUAGAUGCAACAGAGUCUGCUAUUCUAAUAGUAGUAAGUGUUAAGACUGCUUUUCCUUAAUGUUUUCAAGGUUACACAUAUUUAAGAGCACUGUAUUUUAUUUGUUAAGAAAACCUGGCAUUUCUAAAAGGAAAAAAAACAACCCCAUUUCAAUUUGUUUGUUAAUUCUGUCUCAACUUGUAUAUUUUAGUCAUUUGUAAAUCUCUUCAUACUGUAGUUUUCUCCUUUUUUAAUGACUGAUACAGUAUCUUAAUUACAAGGUUAUUUUG